AUGGAGCAUCAAAAAGUGGUGGAAGAGCUUCACAAACCAGCCAUACGUAAUUAUCCACGACGCAAGUACGAUAUUCGAGGAAUAGACGAGACCUGGCAGGCCGAUCUCGUCGGUAUGCAGGCUUAUUCUAGAGAAAAUCGCGGCUACAUGAAAAAGAAAGUCGGUAGUGAUGUAGCAGCAGCACUGAAAUCUGUUUUGGUGAAAUGUCGAGUACCAAAUAAUCUUAACAUGGACAGAGGCAAAGAAUUUUAUAAUGCAACUUUUGAAGCUCUCAUGAAAAAAUACAAUAUUUAUCUCUACUCGACUUAUAGUUCACUCAAAGCUUCAAUAUGUGAACGACUCACAAUCAGUCGUACGUUGAAAAAUGCUACGGAUAAAAUUUAG